AAUUUCCUGUGUCUUAUUUGGUGUAGUUUCCAUCACUUUUGCAACUAGUAGCUAUACUAAUCCUCAUGUAAUCAUAAAUGUGUAACCAUUUUUGACCCGUCACAUUGUCGAUCCUUCAACUUCAAACAUAAAUAAUAAACUGGAUACACUUUCUUCUUAUUAUAAAGGCAUAACGUAGGCUGGUUUGAUGACUGCCAUUUAGCAAAAUUACAUGGAUACAAUCGCAAGGAAACGGCUCUCACAAGAGAGAGCAGACUGGAGGCGUGACCAUCCUAUAGGAUUCUCCGCAAAAUACGCACCAUUACCAGAUGGUAGUGGAUUUGAUAUUAUGAAAUGGAUUUGCCGAAUUCCGGGGAAAAAGGGGUCCAUGUGGGAAGGUGGUGAGUAUACCUUAACUAUGGAGUUUACCGACGACUACCCAAGCAAACCGCCCAAAUGUAAAUUCACACCUGUACUAUUUCAUCCAAAUGUAUACCCUUCAGGUACAGUAUGCUUAUCUAUACUAAGUGAAGAUAAGGAUUGGAAACCAUCUAUUACAAUCAAGCAAAUUCUCCUGGGCAUUCAGGAUUUAUUAGACAAUCCUAACCCUCUAUCACCUGCGCAGGCGGAACCAUACCUUUUAUUCGUGAAAAACCGCGAUGCCUACAACGCUAGAGUGCGUAAGCAAGCUUUAGAAAAUGUCCCAGCCGCAUUCAACUGAGUUUUCAAAGACCAUAAGACCCCUA